GAAGGGUUCGGGCGGAAACCACGUCCCCGAAAGGUAAUAUGCGCCGGGGCUUGGGCAUGGCCCUUCCAGCCGGUAGCGUCCGGGCCUGGGCUUCAGGUCUUGCAGUCGCCGCCUCUCACUGUCACUGCCGCGCGCUCGGCCCCUCCGCCCCUUCCGACCCUUGUCCCUUAGAGGCAGUGUCCCUCUCGCUGCCCCGCCCGCAGUCGCUGAAAGGGACAGUGUCUGUGAUCUCCGCCCCACCCCCCAUUCUUUUAAAAGCGAGGCCCGGCCAUUGCUCGUCAGUGAGAAGACAGACGGAAGGACUGCUUUAAGGCGGAACUGUUAGUGUUGGGGACACUCCUCAGUUACCCAAAUGGAACCUCCCUCAAUUCCCCAAGCUGUGUUAUAUUGGCACAGAGAAAGUGAGUAAUAAGAUAGAAGUUUGAGAAAAUUAACCCAGCAGUACCGCCCUGAGAUCUUACAUGGAAGGUAGGUUUGUACUGUUUCCAGAAACUCAAAGUGCAGACUGUUGCUUCCAAACAGGUGUCAUCUGAGAUACCUUCCUCUGUACGUGCAGACGGUUCAUUUGGGGACUUUGUGAACUGUGUUUCCUCCUUGAGACCUUCCUCUCCCUCAUCUCAUACCUCAUUCUAUUUCCAGAGUAUCUUUUGACUCUGUCAACUUCUCUAUCAGCUCCUCAAUACACGUUUUGCCUGACCUAUUGCAGUUGGGUCCUAAUUAGUGUCCAUUCAUCUACUUGUUUCCUUUCAAUCCAUUCUUCACACAGGAAAUUUUUUUAAUAGGUAAUUGUGAAAAACUGAAAUUGAAUUGUAAUCGGAAUAUUGCUCAUAAACAUUGCUCAAAAACAUUGUUUUAAGAAUAGAAACAAACUCCUUAUCGAUAUCUGUAAUAUAAGGUUCUGCAUGGUCUGGGAUCCUGUCUGCUUUUCCAGCCCCAUCUCUUUCCACUCUUGUCCUCACUUUCUGUGCUGCAGAUAUACUGUAUUAACCCCAGUUAGUUAAAACUCAUCCCACAGAAGUCAACUCAAAUAUUACUUUUCACUGUGCCACCUGGAGUUCACAGGCCCUUUCUAUCAAGUUUUCUCUUAAAAUAUGAACUCAGACUUCCCUACUGGUUGAAUUUAAUGGCAUCAGUUGUGUAAAGACCAAAAAUAAACUGUGAAGUGAAAGAAUUGAAUUUAAACUCUUUCAGUCAAUGUAUAAUUAAUGCUUUCUUGGCAUUUGGUACUAGGCCAAGUUUUGUCAGGGAUACAGAAGUUCUGGCCGUCUCUGGUUUUAAAUAUGCCUUAUUUGGGGGAAUCUCGCACUGUUUUGUUGUCUUGUAUAUGUUUUCAAGAUGGAGAAACAGGAAGAAGGAAAGUCUAGGUUGUUACUAGGUGGGAUUGAAUAAGUGGUGUGGCAAAAUGCAAAACAGAGGAAAGAGGGGACAUGCUGUGUGGGCUGUGAUUCCCAUUUUCAAGGUUUCUUCAUUCUCUGCAGGGAGACAAGGCUAUCAUACACUUUGGCUAAUAAAAAAUAUAUCUGAUAGGUGGAAGGACUAUCUCCCAGUUGGACAGCGCAUGCCUGGGACUCGGUUCAUUGCUUUCAAAGUUCCUUUGCAAAAGAGUUUUGAAGAGAAACUUGCUCCAGAAGAACGCUUUUCCCCUUUGGAUCUUUUUAACAAAAUCCGAGAACAAAAUGAAGAACUAGGACUGAUAAUUGAUUUAACAUAUACUCAACGCUAUUAUAAACCAGAGGAUUUACCAGAAACUAUUCCUUACUUAAAAAUUUUUACAGUUGGGCAUCGGGUGCCUGAUGAUGACACUAUUUUAAAAUUCAAAUGUGCUGUUAAUGGGUUUUUGAAAGAAAAUAAAGAUAAUGACAAACUUAUUGGCGUCCACUGUACACAUGGUUUAAACAGGACUGGCUAUCUCAUCUGCAGAUAUUUGAUUGAUGUAGAAGGCAUGAGGCCAGAUGAUGCAAUUGAAUUGUUCAACAGGUGCCGGGGACAUUGUUUAGAAAGACAAAACUACAUUGAAGACCUUCAGAAUGGAUCUAUCAGAAAGAACCGGAAUUCCAUUGUUUCCAGCUCAAGUGAUUUUGAAGAGUCAGCACAUCUCAUGGAACCAGUCCAUACCACUAAUAAGUCUAUUAACCGCAGACCGAGGUAUUACCUACAUCGGAUCCAUGAUUACCCAGGGCCUUCUCAGCAUUUCCACACCCACACCCCCAAUUUGCAACAGUCGGUCAGAAAAUUUUCACAGAAUCGGGAUGUUUCCCAGAGAGGCUAUACCCAUCCUCCUGGUCCCCCUGGAGAGGACUAUUCUCAAAGGAGAUAUUCUUGGAAUGUGAAGCCAAAUGCCCGUCAAGCAGCCCAGAAUAAAAGGUGGUAUUCUGACAGUUACUACAGACUGUCCUAUCCAACCUAUUGGGGCUGGGCUGAGUGAUACAAACCUAUCCUGGAAAUCUACCUGGAGACCAGAGCUGGACUGAAGAUAGCUGGAAUGACUUAACGAGAUCAGGUCAAAUGAGGUUUUUAAAAAUCUAUUUUAUUGCUCUCUUAUGUGUUCAAGCUUAAGGAAAAAUCAUAUCGAUAUUUACAUCUUUGCUGGUAAAUUUGUAGUAAUUAUAACAGUGCAGGAAAAAAAUCUGUCACUCCAGUCUUAAAUUUUUCUAAAGGAAGAUGAUAUUUUAGAACUAAUAAAGUAUUAAGGACUUCCCUUGCAAAUUAUUUUUUAAAAUUCA